AUGGCUCUUUUUUUCUUUAUUUUUCAGAAGGGAGAUGUCAUUCAUGCAGAAGUGGAUGAAAGAUUGUCUCUCCGAAAGCACCGCUUCAUGCAUUUUGCAUCAUUGGAAUAUGAAGGAGAAUAUUACAUGACACCAAGAGAUUUCUUGUUCUCAGUAAUAUUUGAUGAAGUUGAACGCAAAGCCUCAGCCAAGAAACUGACAAAAAAGGAGGUAGAUGCUGCACUGCUGUAUGUUGCCAAAGCUAAACCAGGACCGAACUUUUUUAGAGAGCUUGGUGAUAAAGGGUUGAUAUCUUAUGCAGAGUACCUAUUUUUGCUGACGAUCCUAACGAAACCCCAGACUGGACUUCAGAUUUGCUUUAAAAUGUUGGAUAUAGAUGGAAAUGAACAAGUUGAAAAGAAAGAAUUCUUUAUGCUGCAGAAAAUGAUUGGGAAGGAAGAUGACUUGAAAGCAGCUGGAGAUGAAACAAUGCUUCAGGAAACAGAACUGGAAGGCUGUGCUGUUAAUACCUUGUUGGUGGUACAUUUCUUUGGAAAAGGAGGAAAGGAAAAACUUGGUUAUUCUGAGUUUUUCAGGUUCAUGGAAAAUCUGCAGACAGAAGUCCAAGAAAUGGAAUUCAUCAAGUUCUCAAAGGGUUUGAGCGUCAUGAGGAAAGAGGACUUUGCGGCGUGGUUGCUGUACUUCACCGACGAGGAAAACAAUGAAAUUUACUGGCAGAAUGUGAAUGACAGGAUCGAGGCAGGAGAGAACAUCACUUUGGAGGAAUUCAAGACUUUUUGCAAGUUUACAAAUAACCUGGAAGACUUUUCUAUUGUCAUGCAGAUGUUUACUGUAGCCAAUCGUCCUAUUAAACGGGCUGAGUUCAAGAGAGCGGUGAAGGUGGCGACAGGACAAGAGCUCUCAGAUAAUGUUUUGGAUACCGUCUUCAAGAUUUUUGAUCUCGAUGGAGAUGACUGCCUCAGCCACAGCGAGUUUCUGGGAGUCCUGAGGAACCGAAUGCAUCGAGGUUUGAGGGUACCACAUCAGCAAGGUGUGCAAGGCUACUGGAAGUGUGUGAAGAGAGAAAGCAUUAAAGGAGCCAAAGAAUUGUGGAAGCAAACUGGGAGAAGUCCAUUUUAA